GGGCGACGCGGCGCCGAGAGGGCGGGCGGGCUUCGGAGCGCCGGGCGGCCCGAGUCCGCGGCCGGUCGGUGCGCGGCGGGCGGGCGGCGGGCGCCGGUCUAUAUGGCGGCGGCUCUGUCGGGCCUGGCUGUCCGCCUCUCGCGCUCGGCCGCCGCCCGCUCCUAUGGGGUCUUUUGCAAGGGGCUGACCCGCACUCUGCUCAUCUUCUUCGACCUGGCCUGGCGGCUGCGCAUCAACUUCCCCUACCUCUACAUCGUGGCUUCCAUGAUGCUCAACGUCCGCCUGCAGGUUCAUAUUGAGAUCCAUUGAAGGCCUUCUGCUGACUGACAAAGGCAGGUCAUCAGGCUACCGCACCAGAAAACACGCAGCAUGAGGGACAGAGUGGGGGCUCUGGGCACCCGCCCCGGGAAG